UCGCGAGAAUUGCAGAGGGCGGAAGCGCAGUCUGUGCAGGAUGCGGUUCCUGGUUGCGUUGGUCCUGCUGAGCCUUGGAGCUGCCGGAGCCGCAUUGAACACCUCAGCCCAUGACAUUUCGAUCCCCAUUGUCAGGCCGAAGAGAGAUGAACCUUCAGUUAGAAAUCCCAACCAGUCUACCUCGAACCUGCCGUCUUCUGAGACCCGAGACUCCGCCAAGUUAGAUGAGGAUCACCAAUCCGGGAAGAACUCUAUCGCGUUGGAGGAGCAGCAGCCGCAGCUGACCGCGGAUCGCAACUCCAGCAAAUCGGAUAAGGGCCGGCAGCAGACCACCCAGCACAACACUGCCGAGUCGGGGCAGAACCCGCAGCAGACCACCCAGCAGAACCCUGCCGAGUCCGGGCAGAACCCGCAGCAGACCACCCAGCACAACCCUGCCGAGUCCGGGCAGAACCCUCAGCAGAACACCCAGCACAACCCUGCCGAGUCCGGGCAGAACCCGCAGCAGAACACCCAGCACAACCCUGCCGAGUCGGGGCAGAACCCGCAGCAGAACACCCAGCACAACCCUGCCGAGUCCGGGCAGAACCCGCAGCAGAACACCCAGCACAACCCUGCCGAGUCGGGGCAGAACCCGCAGCAGAACACCCAGCACAACCCUGCCGAGUCCGGGCAGAACCCGCAGCAGACCACCCAGCACAACCCUGCCGAGUCCGGGCAGAACCCGCAGCAGAACACCCAGCACAACCCUGCCGAGUCCGGGCAGAACCCUCAGCAGGCCCCCCAGCACAACCCUGCCGAGUCCGGGCAGAACCCUCAGCAGGCCACCCAGCACAACCCUGCCGAGUCCAGGCAGAACCCGCAGCAGGCCACCCAGCACAACCCUGCGGAGUCCGGGAAGAACCCGCAGCAGACCACCCAGCACAAUCCUGCUGAGUCCGGGCAGAACGCGCAGCAGGCCACCCAGCACAACCCUGCCGAGUCCGGGCAGAACCCACAGCAGGCUACCCAGCACAACCCUGCCGAGUCUGGGCAGAACCCGCAGCAGGCCAUCCAGCACAACCCUGCCGAGUCGGGGAAAAACCCGAAGAAGAACACCCAGCACAACCCUGCCGAGUCCGGGCAGAACCCACAGCAGGCCACCCAGCACAACCUUGCCGAGUCCGGGCAGAACCCGCAGCAGGCCACCCAGCACAACCCUGCGGAGUCCGGGAAGAACCCGCAGCAGAACACCCAGCACAACCCUGCGGAGUCCGGGAAGAACCCGCAGCAGACCACCCAGCACAACCCUGCGGAGUCCGGGAAGAACCCGCAGCAGACCACCCAACACAACCCUGCUGAGUCAGAUAAGGAACAGCGCCUGACCACUGAAGACAAAUCUGGUACUUUGGCUAAGGAGCAUCAGUCCUUGAAAAAUGGUCCUGGCAACUUGGAUACCGAGCAACAGUUCACAAAAGAGGGCUCUUCCACGUCACUCCAGCAUGAGGGAGAAGGUAAAUCUUCAGAACCGAUUGAAGAUGUGUUAUUCAAGGAGACUGAAGGUGACCCAGAGCAUGACCCUGCCUCCAGUGAGAACCGUGAAGGGACACUUUUGAAUUCUAUGAAUAUGGACAAAAAUGAUGUUUACGAAGACAAUCUUGGAAGUGCCAGUGCAGAGAGCAGCCACUUCUUUGCAUACUUGGUGACGGCAGCCAUUAUCGUUGCUGGCCUCUACAUUGCUUAUCACAACAAACGCAAGAUUAUUGCUUUUGUUCUGGAAGGAAAACGAUCCAAAGUCACUCGAAGGCCAAAGUCUGGUGACUAUCAGCGUUUGGACCAGAAGAUUUGAUCUUUCUGUUCUUGAGAACCUUGUCCUGCCUGCUGAUUUGUUUCUAAAUCAAGAGAAAUGAAGAGUAAAAACUGUGACCUAAGAGACAGUCCCUCCUCUGGAGUUUGGUGACAGAGGCAGGGGACUUUUGGUUUUUGCACCUGCACUUUGGUGACCUUGCACUCUUGUGUUCCCUUUAUUUAUGGUGGUGUUUUCCACCCUUUCACCUCUGAGUGUGAGUAGAGGGAGCAAGUGGGAACCCAGCUCUGACCAAAGGGAGACCCCAGCCCUAGUAGGCUACUACUGCUGAGCACCCUCUCUUGGGCCUUGUAGUAAAGUUAACCCUUGAAAAUAGUUUUGCACUCAGCACAAAACAUCUGUAAAGCCCAGGAGAAGAGUGGAGGUGUUUUCUGCCAAGGCCUCUUACUUUGGGGAGAUAUGCCUUGCAAAUGAUGAAGAAGAUGAAUACUGAUGGGCAGAGGGCCACUGUGAACACAUACUUCUCCAAAGGCCUCAGCAGUAAACCAAAUGGCAGUUGGAAAAAAUGCUUUAUUGCCUGCAACCCAUCUAGCAUAUGUUCUUCACAGUUUUUCUGAUAUUUUCAUAUUCAUGAAGACAAAGUGAAUCAACUUCCAUUUGGUAUACUGAGUAUAAAACUGAACUUGAGGGUCGUGGGAGUAAAGCUGUAAAGCCGCUAUUCCCAUUGCAGAUUUUUAAAAAUACAGUUACUACUAUUGAAAUGCUAUGUUCUUCCAUACGUGCAACUGUAAUAGGAACUUUUUGCAAAAAACUUGUAGAAGGGUUUUGGUAUGAGUUUGCAGUUUCUUCGAAUGACUUUUCUAAAACAUUUCUCACCAACUGUUUUACCUUAAUUUAGUGAGUGGUCCUCUCGUAUGAUAUAAAAUGCCAAGGACAAUUAGUAAAAAUUCUCCUCCUAUCCCAUGUCAGGGUUUUUUAAAAUUCAAGAAAUUGAGAGUUCCCCAGGUAUAACAGAGAGUAGCAUCUUGAAUAAUGCUGUUGUUUGAUGUCUUAAAUCUGUUCUAGUCAUGCAUAGUUACAGUGAGCGUAGUGAAAGUGGUUUCUGGGAAAAAAAUAAAAGAGAAUCACUGAUCUCAGGGAAAUACAAGGAAUGCAGGCGGUGAGGGGAAUAUGAAUUCUCUGCUAUUGAAGAAGUCUGAAGAAGGGUCCAUCCGUUUGUCAUAUUAUCUUCCCCCUUGCUUAAAACAGCACAUGGCUUUGAGUUGAGAUUUCCAUUUGGGGGGGAUAAACAUUUUUGUGGAGAUGAAGGAAUGAAUGGUCCUUGCCAUCACUCUACUUGUGCACCAACCAUUAAUACCUCCUCCGAUCUGAGGGAUCUUCUUGCAGAUUCUCCUACCAUUGAGGAAGACCCUUUUGCUUUUUUCCCUUCUGUCUCCUUUCUCUCCCUGGCCUCCUUUCUAAUGUUUUCUAUUUGUGCCUGUCUACAACAGCACCUUUCCUUCUGCCUUCGUGCAUGCCCAAAUUUCCCCCAUUCCUGACCAUCUUGUUUGUUAAUCAUUUUACUGCUCAGCUUUUCCAGUAAGUUGUGUCCAUUGCCUUGCCAUUUAUUUUCUUUAUAACCUUCAUAAACCUACUUUGGUUCCUAUCUUUCUACUAGUGGUGUUUUUCCAGAGGUUCAGAACACCAAAUCCAAUGGCUCUUUUCAAGGCUUUGUCUUACUCUUGACAGACAUACUUACCCUCCACAUUGAAAUUCCCUUCUUCUGGUUUCUCUGACAAACUGUCCUGGCUUCUAAUAACUCUUUGCCUUUUCUGUGCUACUGAAGAAGUCUGAAGAAAGAACCAUCCUGUUCAUCAUAUUAUCAAACGCAGAUCUUGCUAUUCCUUUGUCUCCUCAGAAACUCAUCUGUUUUUUAUUGUAACUCCCAAGCCUUUAUCCUUGACCUGCAUCCCAAAGAAUCCAGUCCUGUGUGCUAUUUCAGUUUGAUUGUCCUGUUGUCACUAAAACAGGAUUUCUUUCUUCCAGCUAUUGUACACCCUUCUCAACUUCAUUUCUUUAAUCAUCUCAACUCCAAACUGCAAGCUUUUAUCAUUUUCUCUUGUUACAAGUCUUAUACAUUUUUUUCUUCUAAUAUCUUCAGCUACAACCUUCCUUCCCAUUUUCUUUGUUUUCCUGUCCUAUACCCACAUUCCCGUCACUUCUUUUUUGAGUGUUGGGUUUUUUGUGAUUUUUUUUUUUUUUUUUUUUUUUUUUUAAGGAGCCACAGAUUGGCUCUCCUGCUCAUCUCUGGUGUGCAGAGAGACCAGAUUGCUCUUUUCAAAAUACUUGCCCUGGGCUUCGGCAGUGGUGCAGCGGUUGAGCGCUGGGCUGUGAAGCUGCCUGCUGCCUCUGCAGCACCGGUUCGAUCCCCAGCCACCGGGGAGGGUCCCACAUGGCGCGCAGACCUCUCCUGCCUUGCCCGCUGCUCCCCUCAGCAGUGUGUUUCAUCAGUCUGCCUGUUCUGUUGCCCGCUCUGGCUCUGGUGAAUUCUCUCACCCUCCCGCGCUUGUGACUGUACCCAGUGCUUGUAUAAAUAAAUAAAUAAAUCUUUAAAAAAAAAAAAAUACUUGCCCUUAUCUAAAGUUUUUUUUUCACUACCUCUCAUAGCUUAGAGAACCCAGUUUAUAGAUGCUUUAGUGCUCAGGACUCUGCAGAUUGGCACUCUCCUGUCUUCCUCUGUAUCCCAGCCAAGCCAGAGUGCCCUCCUGUCAGGUGUCACCUAGACCCCGCUGCUUUUUGCUCUUGCUAUGCCCUCUGGUCCCAGGUGUCCCAUGGUUGCAGUUUGCUUAGAAUGCACUGCCUUUUCCUCUUUGCCUUGCCUUCCCAGAAUCUAUUUCUUCAGGGCCCAGCUCAAGUUUUCCUAUGUACCUUCCUAACUCCCCCACCCCAUUUGGCUCUUUCCAUUCUAUUCCAGUAGUUUGCCACUUACUCAUUUUUGAACUUCAGAUAAUAAGGCAAUCAGCAUCUGAUGUCUCUGUCCGGUCUCACCAAGAAAACUAAGCUGCUUUGGAUGCAUCCUUAGCAGGCACUCUCUGCAUCUGCCCAGCCUAGUGGCAUUUCCUAGGUAGUUCAGGAGUUCAAUUUAUUCUUGCAAAGAAGUUUUCUUUGUUGAGGACAUCAGGAUGUGACAUAAUUGAGUUCUCACACAGCUCUUGCUGGCUGCUGGCUACGGUCCCUUUUUGGUAGGUUUUGCUCAUGAAGAGCGCAGGAAGAUUGUCUUCAGGGCCUCCCCGGUGGUGCAGCGGGUUGAGCACAGUGCUAUGAAGCUGUCCGCAGCCUCUGCAGCAUCAGGUCAAUUCCCGGCCGGCCAGGGAGAUUCCCACAUGGCACGCUGCAGACCUCACCUGUCUUGCCCGCUGCUCCCCUCAGCAGUGCUUUAGGUCUGUCUGCCUGUUCUGCUCCCUGCUUUGUCUCUGGUGAAUCCUCUCACCCUCCCACACCUCUGGCCUGUACUCCAGCUAUUGUAUAAAUAAAAAAUAAAUCUUUAAAAAAGAAAAAAGAUUGACUUCAGGAACCAAGAGGGUCUGCACCAAGUAGAACUGAAUAUUGUUGAAUCCACAUAGCUCCACCUUUUGAGCGUCUGUGAAGUAUCAUUUCCUGUGCUGAAAGAGUACAAUAGAAUUUACCUUUCACUUGAAGAGUGAACCAAGGACAUCUCUCAUACCAAAGGACAACUUGAUUUCUGGGUAGUUAUCUUUUUAAAGAUAGCAAGUUUUCCUAGAGAUUGUGUGUGGAUGAGGGUGUGCUGGCACUGGGCAAGCCGGGGGUGGGGCGGGCAGUGGUGCACAGGGAGCCAUGAAAGUCCACUUUGGGACCCUGGGGUAGUGGAAGGCCAGUCUGUCUAAAAGGCUAAGACAACUCGGAAAGACUUGACAACUAGCUAUAUAUAUUCUGAGGUUUCUUUUCCCGUGGUGGCUUUUAAUGAACUAUUCAGUGAUGGAAUUGUAAACCUCCCAAAUUCCCCUGAUGGUGAUUCUCAUUUUCUUCUCCAAUUUAUGUCAUUUAAAUCAAAAAGCAGAAGCCCACCCCUUGUUUUUACAGGGUAACUUGAUACAUAAUGCUGCUUGCGUGGCGAAAGCCAGCCUUUUGCAUGUGUUCUGAAGCAUUUGAACAGUGAGGAGUGUGCUAUAGCCCAGAUCCUGUAGUUCUGCCAGUUGUUUUCUGAAAACUUGCUGGGAAGGUUGUGUUUGGUAUCCCCUUGCUUAAAUAAAUCCUGGGAAGAGAUUUUCAGGUUUAAUUUAACUAUACAUCCAGAGCCAAGAAUCUUAACCCAGCAGGUUCCACAAGUCACAUGAAUUUCUUAACUAUUUCAAUUCAGAAGUUCCUGUGUAAAGGCCUUGGGUCUGAGCUGUAUAGGGUUUCAGGUUGCCUACAAAAUCUGUCUCCUCACACUCUUCGAUAAAUAUUCCUUUAAUGUAGAAGUCUACUAUUAACAAAAUGAUUGCUUGUUGAAAUUGUUUCCCUUUUUUGUUUACCUGGUUAUUAGAUUGCCACUGUUUUGCAGUGUUUUAUAUUCUCAGCUUUUUGUAACUUAACUAUAAUUUUUAAAGCUUAUUUUGGGCUAAUGAUAAGUAUUUUCAGUACAUAAUGUUUCACUGAGCGUCCAUGAAUGCCAUCUUGAUGUAGUUUUGUAUCAUUGCAGAAACCGAAAUAAAUUUCAAAUAUUAAAGCUAUAGUUAUCAAAUUUAUUAAUAUUGCAUUAAAAUAAGGCCAAAAGUAAGUGAAAGGGCAUUUUUUCUGUCAAUCUUC